UGAGUUGAGUGUUUCUCGCUGACUAGGACUUGUUAAAUUUUGAAUAGUGAUUCCAAAAAUCAAUGCCACAUACUCUCGUACAAGCGCGCUGUUUUAUUACACACUUUAUUUGAAAAAUGUAUAAUUUUACCGAAGCGGUAGUGGCGUGCAAUGGCUCGACAGCAGUGAUUGAAUGCGGAGAGGAUACUUCAAGUGAUGGCAGCGUCUUUGACCAGUACAUAGACGUGCUGUGGACCGUUGUCUGCAUCCUGGCCCUGUCGAAGCUGACACAGUUUUCGGAAUGGUAUUUCAACCGGCGUUUGGUCAAGCAAAUAAACUACAACGACAUCUGCUCCAUGAAUCGUGAAUGGGAGCAGACACUUCAGCUGCAGGAGGACGACAAGCGAAAGCUGUUCGAAGAAGUGAGGAUGCUCACCGAGAAGAACCUCAAUCUGGAGCGAAUGAUAAAGGAUGUGCGCGAUUGCAACAUUCACUUGAUCACCGAGAACUUUAUGCGCACUGUGCUACAGGAACAGAAGCAACAGUCAGCUCAGCCGAAUAUAUACAUCACCAACAGCUACUUUCACCUCACACGUCAGGUGUUCAUCAACGAUUCAUGUGUGGACUUUAACGUUCGCAGUGCCGGCGGUGGCAAGGAUCUCAAGUCCGUAGAAGCAAAUGAAGAGGGACUGAAUAUCUGGAUGCAGUACCUGAAGAUGCGCAAGUGCUACAUGGGCCCCAUUGCCGAUCCGAAUUUAGUAGCCCCCAGGAGACCCGAGCCCAUUGUUAUGACCACUGAGCAGUUGGCCAAGUUACAAGGCAUAAUGUAGUUGCUUUUAGCUUUGUUGCCCUAAACAAUGUAUGAUUAUGUUGUGUUAAUCACUGGAAACAGUCAUAAAAUUAUUAAAAACCUCCAUAAAAAAUAAUUAACUUUUGGUAUAGCCUAUUGAAGCUAUCUGUUAUAAAAGAAUUUUAAAAUGAUUAUUACACACUUAUAUACAUAUUUGGAUGUUGAAUGAAUCAAAUUGGCAAACGCGAUUAAUAUCGAAUACGCUAUUAACAACUCUGGUCACGAAAAUACCGAUCCUGGGCGAAGAUCAGAUCAGAAUACAGAAAAUUAUCAGAUGAUUGGCGUCUUUGACCAAUUACCGCAUUAGCUAAAAUAUAAAUAAAUACAUUUCAAAAUUUACCGUACAACGCUUAAGAAUAAACAAUUUUAGCUUUAUUUAAA